CCAACACAAUCUGAAGAGUUGCCAACGAAUGACCAAAAGUCGCCGACACAAGUUCAAAACUCGCCAACACAAGCUCAAAACUCGCCAACACAAGAUCAAAACUCGCCAACACAAGCUCAAAACUCUCCGACACAGGUUCAAAACUCUCCAAAACAAGCUCAAAACUCUCCAACACAGGUUCAAAACUCGCCGACACUAGCUCAAAACUCACCA